AUGGCAAGAUCCGCAGAGUCGCGAAAAUAUGACCUCGUGGUGCUUGGAGCAACAGGCUACACUGGAAAACUGACAGCACAAUCCGUUGCCAAAAACUUCCCAGGCGACCUCAAGUGGGCAAUUGCAGGAAGGUCAAAAACGAAGCUGCAAGAACUCGCUGCGGAAUUGAGGGGGAUAAGGCCAGAUGGAUCACAUCCAGAAAUUGAGAUUGUUGAUCUCGAGCAGACGGACCAGGUAGAUGCUGUGGUGCAACAAACCAAAGUAUGCAUCAGCAUCGUGACAUACUGGAGAGUCGGUGAAAUCGUGGUUGAGGCAUGUGUCAAGCACAAGACGGACUACGUUGACGCGGCAGGAGAGCCUUCACAUCUUAAGGGAUGGAUUGAGAAGUACCAUGAGAAGGCCGAAUCCGAAGGAACCGCACUUAUACACGCUUCUUCGAUGUAUAGCGGCCCUCAAGAUCUCCUAUCUUGGGCAGCCGCGCGAGAACUGAAACGGGCGUUUGGAGCAGAUACGAAAGAAGUCAUCCUCACUAAUACAAAAUUAGACCCAAAUCCCAGCGGCGGCACUUUUGAAGGAAUGAUGGUCGGCACAUCCAAGAAGCAGGAGUCUAAAGGCCCUGUAGCUCCUCCAAACCCGUGGAUUGUAUCACCCAUUCCCGGCACAGCGGUGCAUCCCCAGGCAACUGGGCUACUCAUCCGCGAGGAUCCCGAUCUCGGCCUGCUGUCGGAGUACUCCAUGGCUCGACUUCAAAACCAAGCCAUAGUCUAUCGCACUUGGGGUCUUCUACAGGUUGCGAAUGAAGGACUGGGCCCAAAUUUUCAGUACAACGAGUACGACAGUGUCGGUUCCAAAGUGGAAGGAUUCUUCAAGAUGCUUGAAUUCAGGAUAAUUACUACUUUGCUGUCUAAUAUCCUGACGCUGCGCCUGCUCAAGUUAUUCAUGCCAGCGCCAGGAUCGGGGCCUGAUGUCCGCAAAACAGCGACGCACCCCAUUGAGAUGCAGGCUUUGGCAAUCGCAGACGGCAAUGAUGCGCAGCGAGCGACUGCCAGUUUCUCGUUCCCAUCUGGAUCUUACCAUACCACAGCACUGUUUCUGAGCCAGGCUGCAGCAUCGCUGCUUUAUUCCAAGUCCCUUGAGGGUGGUAUAAAAGGAGGCUGUCUGACGCCGGCUAUUUUGGGAGAGGAUUUUGUACAGAGAAUCAGGGCAGCGGGGGCGGUGAUCGAGAUCUCGUCAAAGCAAAAGUGA